AUGGCUUCUCAGAAGCACCAACUUCACUUUGUUUUAGUACCUCUAAUGUCCCCAGGCCACUUCAUCCCCAUGAUUGACAUGGCCAAAUUACUGGAACAACACGGUGUGACUGUCACUGUUGUCACCAACCCUGUCAUUGUCUCAAGAUUCCACCCAACCAUCAACCGUGCAAUCGAAUCUGGACUAGCCCUCUGGCUUCUUCCUAUCAGGUUCCCAUCCGUGGAGGCUGGCCGGCUAGAGGGGUGCAAAACUGUAGACACCUUAACCUCUCCACACCUACUGAUAAAUUUUUUUUAUGCCGUUGGCAUGUUGCAACAACCAUUCGAGCAGCUAUUUGAAGCGCUCGAGCCAUUUUCGUGUUGUAUAAUAGCUGAUAAACAUAUUGGAUGGGUAGGCGACACUGGUCGCAAGUUCCAGAUUCCAAGAAUUAUUUUUGAUGGCAUGAGCUGCCUCACUCUCUUAUGCUCACACAAUUUAUGUAUUUCCAAAUUUCAUGAUAAUAUAUCUGAGUCAGAGCCGUUUGAGUUGCCUGACUUGCCUGAUAGGAUUGAGUUAACUAAAGCUCAACUAUCUAUAUUGUUCACUCUAGGUACACCGGAAUGGAAAGCUUUCCAAGAGCGAGUACGAGCUGCUGAAGUUGAAUCAUAUGGAGUGGUGAUUAAUAGUUUUGAAGAGCUAGAACCCAGAUACGCUGAGCAGUUUCGAAAGGUUAAAGGAGAUAAAGUUUGGUGCAUUGGGCCGGUAUCACUGUAUCCAGGGUCUGUGGUCUAUGCAUGCCUUGGAAGUAUUAGUGGCCUCUCCCUUCGUGAGUUAAUUGGGAUUGGUUUAGGCUUGGAAGCUUCUCAACACCCAUUUGUGUGGGUUAUAAGAGACGGAAGCGAGGCAGAGAAGAUAGAGAAAUGGGUGAAAGAAGAUGGAUUUGAGGAAAGAACGAAAGGGAGAGGACUUGUAAUCCAAGGUUGGGCACCACAAGUUUUGGAGAUUGGAGUGAGCAUUGGGGUUCAGGUGGUUGGUCACCUAAUUACAGAAGAGAACUGUGGGGAGUUGGUAGAAAUAGAUGUAAUUAGGGAAGUUGGUGGGAAAGUAAUGGGUGAAGGAAUAGAUAGAGGAGAGAAGGAGAAGGGCAAGAGAACUCGGGGGGAUGGCAAAGAGGGCAAUGGAAGUAGGGGUUCUUCAUACUUGAAUAUGAGAUUGUUGAUUGAAGAUCUCAUCAAACAAGUUAACCACAAGGACUCAACACCAAGGUUCUAA